UCAGCCCUUACUCUCCACAUUCCCCAGCGGCCGUGCACGUCUGCGAUGGUGCGUGUGAUGAGCUUGAGUGGUGCGGAGAUCAUGAGCCGGACAGAGGUGCUGCAACUGGAAGAGCUUUGGACAGAGGUGGCUGCCGCCCUGGGCCACCAUUGCCGGCUGCUUCGUGGCGGAGAGGAGUUGACCGACGCCAUGACGGAGAUCGCGGUGGAGGACGAGCUCACCGCGAUCAUCUGCAGCAUCGAGCCGUGGAUGAAGAUGUUGGGUCUUCUGCAGGAGGAUGGCACUCCCUUCUCAGAGGCUUACAGUCGAGGAGACUUGGAGACCAUGGCGCUGAAACUGGGACGUGCAAUCCUUUCGAUCGCCUGUUGCCACGGGCGCGUUGGGCAUUUGGAGGGCUACCUCUCUGUCGAUUGGCCUUUUGGCACUGCCAUGCCCAAAGCCUUUGCGGAGAGCACACGGCGCAAAAGAGAAGGCGAACUCCUGUUGACCCCUGACCGUGAGAUCUUACCUGCUGGCGCUCGGCUUCGGAUCUCGUGCGCUGAAGGGACUCACGGAGAGGAAAGUGUCAGGACCCUGUCCAAAGCGAUGACACUGCAGGACCUCCUCGAGCUCCAGCGCCGCAAUCCGCUGGACCGUGAAGAGAUGAUCAAGCUCUUGGCCUCUCCCAAGGCCGUGGAGUGCCAGGCGGAGGAAGUGCAUCGCUUGGUCAAGGUCGUGGACUUCGAGCCGCCCGAGGUGCACUUGCAGCUUGCCUAUGAAUUCUGCAGAGAGGAUGACUUUUGUUGAGCAUUGCCAAGCUGUGAACUGGCGCUUGAAGACCUGGAUUUGGUUCGUUUCGGCCUCUCACGCAGAAUAGCUGUGAGCAGGAGCUCCAACACCUGCAUGGGUUCGUUUUAGCCUUUGUGGCCUUGCCCCGCAGAAGAUCGUCUUUGGGGCGCAUUGGUGAGCCCUUUGGGCUCCAAGCAGCGGCACGUGCUUCCUCCGCUUCGUGCUCCAGCCGCACCUGCGGGUUGAAGGCAGACAUGUUUAAGAUUGUAUACUUAAUGUACAUAGUUUAUGUGAGCGUCGUUCAAAAACCCACCUCUUCCUUGUUAGUGAUCGAAUUUCAAAGGCUGAUUUCGAGUGUGCUCUCACUGCAGUCGCGAAAGGUUCGCGAAGGUCCUGCGAAAGGUCUGCGCAAGUCAUGUUGGUGACCUGGC